GAUCAAUCUCCAUAUCAGCGAUCAGCAAUUAAGCUUACCUCGUUCAACACCUCAGACAAAGGUGGAGUGUACGGUUCCGUGCCAUCGCAAUGGACAACUCAACGAUCUUCACCUGGGCAAGCUGGCCAACUACUGUACAGCUCCAAUAAGCCAACCAUGUCGGCUUCGUCAUCGCAACAAGAGCAGUGUUUCACACCAACUUCAACCCUAACAAGUCAGGGUUCAACGAGUAAUUACGAUGGUCAGACACCAACACCUGGAUCUCCACAGAAAAAUACUCCACUUUAUGGGCGAAACACUUCUAACGGCAGUGGUGGUGGUGGCGGAGGUGUCUAUGGGACGCUUGGCGAUGAUAGCACAUACGCCGAUCGUACCCUUCAAAAACCUAUGCGAAAUGUCUCAACCGGCUCCACUACUGUACGUCAUACAGUAAAAACAGUUGGUCAGAGAAAUGACGAUUCGGCUAACUUCAGCCUCACUUCGUCAAAUGGUAGCUCUGAAGCCAACAAAACCAGUAACGAUUUUGCUACCAGUAUUGUAUGA